AUGGCAAACGAGCAAUCUUCGAAUGGAGGCAAGCCUGAUUCCGCCAAUCCAUAUUUCCUUCACUAUUCCGAUCAUCCCGGCAUGGUGCUUGUUUCCAAGCCUCUCAAUGGGGAUAAUUAUUUAACAUGGUGUAGAGCCAUGACCAUCUCUUUGAAUGCCAAAUCCAAAUCGGGUUUCAUAGAUGGAACUAUCACAGCGCCAGAUGCCAAGACCGAACCAAAUGACUAUGCAUCAUGGAAAAAAUGCAACGAUAUGAUCCUAUCUUGGAUUCGCAAUUCACUCACACCAGAUCUUGCCGAUAGUUUUAUUUUUUUAAACACUGCCCAGGAGAUUGAGAGGGACAUCGCUUGUCUCACUCAAGAUCAAAUGACUGUUGCAGCUUACUACACCAAGCUUAAAAAAUUGUGGGAUGAACUGAGAUCCAAUAAUGAUACUAUUUGCUCUUAUGGGGCAGACCAUAAGCGACGCCGAUUGAUGCAAUUUCUCAUGGGACUCAAUGAGUCUUAUAGUGCAAUACGAUGGCAGAUCCUCUUGAUGAAUCUGCUUCCUGAUGUUGCCAAGGCUUACUCUUCUAUUGUCCAAUAA